AAGGCAAAGAAGAUCUAUAGGAAUAAAACCGACAAAAUCGACAUAUGGGUGGGCGGGCUGUUAGAGACCACAGCCACACAACCCGGGGAGCUCUUCCGGUACGUCAUAUCGGAUCAGUUCAGACGUAUUAGAGAUGGCGAUAGAUUUUGGUUUGAAAACUAUAAGAACGGGCUAUUUACAGACGAAGAGAUUUCGAGAAUAAAACAAUUAACUAUUUAUGACAUAAUUAUAAGCGUUACUGACAUUAAAGGCGAUGAAAUACAGAAAAAACUAUUUCAGUUGCCAACGGUCUCAUCCAAUCGCAUAUCAAAUAUACUGCGGAAUACUACCGAAAAAUGUCUGACAUUGGGAGCGGUCACGAGAGAUAGGGUGCUAAACGACAGGUGCACUAAAGCUCAUACUUUUGACUAUUUUAUUGGUAAUGAAUGGAGUUAUGCGCUGACAUUCUUCGGGGUCGGCAUGUUUGGCAUCCUAUGUAUUGUUGUCCUCAAAUGUCUGACUAUGCGACGAGAAUCACAGAAUGAAAGCCUCAGAAAAAGUAACUCUCGAAUGAAAAGGAUAACUUUGAGUGAAGACAUCACUUUGGCUCAAGAAUGGGUGGGCAAAAAGGAGGGCCUGAGAUGUGUUCAGAUAAUCUGCAAGUCGUCCAAGAAGUGUAUUGUCGUUAAACUGGAAAACGGCUCAAAAGCUGUCCGGAGUAUAGAUUUACGAGAGACGACAGCCAUUGAACUACAGGCCAGUGCUAACCGAAAACAAGACUAUCUGCUCCUCAAAGUGUCCAAUGAAUACGAUUUGGUGCUUAAGUUUGAUUCAUAUCACGAGAGGGAGAGGUUCGCCACGAAAGUGGAGCUCUUUCUCGAAGAGAUCGGUGUCGGCAGAGAGAGGCUUGAGUUGGACUUGAAGUCAAUGUUGAAUACGGCCUACACUAAGGAAAAGAGACAAAAACAUUUGGAACAGUUCUUCAGAGUUGUCUUCUCUCAUGCAUUUGGGGUGAAAUCGCGGGAAGAGUUGAACGUAAAGUCGGCCAAAGAAGUGAUAAACACUGAAUUGACUCAAUUCGAGUUCGCGGACGCCCUGUCCAUGAGACCCGACUCCACAUUCAUUCAACAGAUGUUCGCUUUGGUGGACAAAGACAACAACGGAUACAUAUCUUUCCGGGAAUUUCUGGAUAUGAUUAUAAUCUUCGCGAAAGGAAGCGCCGACCAGAAGGCAAAACUCAUGUUCGAUAUGUACGACAUGAACCGCACCGGGAAGUUGACGGUCGACGAGUUCAAGACAAUGAUCCGAUCGAUGCUAGAGUUGGCCAAUCAGAGUAUAUCCCCGCAACAGAUGGAUGAAGUGAUUGGCUCUAUGUUCAGAAGCGCUGGACUUCGAAGUCGUCAGGAAUUGACUUUUACUGACUUUCAGAAACUAUUGGGUGAUUAUAAGGAGGAACUGGGAUAUGCAGAACUCAACUUCGAUGUAAGUGGCGCUCAAGAGAUCGCAACCUCCGCGGCCAACAAAAACAAGAGACAAAGUGCUUUCCUUAGAGCCAAUGAUACGUUGAUCCGGGCCUACAGUUACUUCGGUGGCACUGAUCCCAACGCUAAAGACCCGAAGCUAACCACCAAAAAAAGUGCCCCAAAAUCGCCGUCUCUGUUAAGAGUGGAGACACACGAAGCAAAGACAGGCCCGGAAUGGCUCACUGUUUGGAAGCGAGUGGUUGAUGAAUACAAGUUACAGAUAUUUUGGAUCACUAUCUAUACGGCUCUCAUUAUUUAUAUCUUCAUCGAUAAGGCCUACACGUAUACAUAUCUUCGAGAACACGGAGGUCUUCGGCAAAUCGCGGGUCUGGGGGUGACUGUGACCAGGGGUGCGGCCAGUGUUAUGAUGUUUUGUUACGCAACCAUUCUGUUGACAAUGUGUCGAAAUAUCAUCACUUUCUUAAGGGAGACAUUUCUGCACCGAUUUGUUCCCUUUGAUGGAGCCGUCGGUCUUCAUAAGUACAUUGCAUUCUGGGCUCUCGUUAUGUCGAUAAUCCAUUCUGUGGGUCACGCCAUCAACUUCUACCACAUCUCCACCCAAACGGCUGAUGACACAAAGUGUCUCUUCAGAGAGUUUUAUCACUCCUCUGAUGAAUUGCCUAAAUUCUUGUACUGGUGUUGGGGUACAAUCACCGGCAUUACUGGUGUACUCCUUCUAUGUCUGGUUUUCCUCAUUUAUGUCUUCGCCAUUCAGUACUCCAGACGUAAUAUCUUCAACGCCUUCUGGGCCACACAUAAUCUGUACCCCAUAUUAUACAUCCUAAUGAUUUUGCAUGGAUUGGGACGUAUAGUACAGCCGCCCAUCUUCUAUCAGUUCUUCACGAUUCCUAUUAUUUUGUUUACGAUCGACCGACUCAUAAGUGUGAGCCGUAAGAAAGUGGAGAUAUCUGUGAUCCACGCCGUCUUACAUCCCUCUGAUGUGACUCAUCUCGAGUUCAAAAGACCGCCCGGUUUUGAGUAUAAGAGCGGCCAAUGGGUGCGAAUCGCUUGUCUGGCGCUCAGUACCAGUGAAUACCAUCCCUUCACUCUGGCCUCCGCUCCCCACGAGGACAACCUGUCGUUGUUUAUCAGAGCUGUCGGUCCCUUCACCAAAAACAUCCGCCAGACCUACGAUCCGAAUAACUUGGGUUCGCGUCCGUACCCUAAACUAUAUCUGGACGGCCCGUACGGUGAGGGCCAUCAGGAUUGGCUCAAGUUUGAAGUGUCGGUCUUAGUUGGCGGUGGUAUUGGUGUCACACCAUUCGCAUCCAUUCUCAAAGACAUCGCCUUUAACUCUGGACUCAAUAAGAAUAUCGUUUGCAAAAAAGUAUACUUUCUUUGGGUGACGAGAACUCAGAAGCAUUUCGAGUGGUUAUCGGACGUGAUUAGAGACACAGAGGAGAAAGAUGUGUCCAAUCUAUUGACAACUCAUAUAUUCAUUACACAGUUUUACGAGAAGUUUGAUUUGAGGACAACUAUGUUGUACAUAUGUGAGCGACACUUCCAGAGGAUAUCUAAUAGAAGUUUAUUCACUGGACUCAAAGCCAAGACACAUUUCGGGAGACCUAAUUUCACUGUAUUUCUCGAUUCAUUGAAGAUCUCUAAUAUCUUCCAAUCGGCGGCCUUUCGGUUUGGACACACAUUAGUCACCGCCGGAGGUAUCAAAAGAAACGCUGACUGCUCUUCAGUUGUGAGACUGGAUGUUAGGGACGGACACCAAUUUAAUGAGCAAAUCAUACGGACAUGUAAUAGCUUUUGGAAACCAGUCGAUCACCUCUUAAACGGAGGUUUUGAAGAGUUAGUGAUGGGUCUGUCAUCACAACCGGCUGAAAGAGAGGAUAAUGUUGUUGUGGAGGAUCUCAGAGGCAAUGUCUUCGGACCCCUCGAGUUCACGCGAAGAGAUUUAAUGGCAAUUAAUAUACAAAGAGGUCUUUUGAUAGCAGAGACCAUGGAUUACCUGAUUAUUUGA